AUGAACCGGGCCGCUACUGUGCCUUCCUCCGUCUUGAGAAGCCAAGCAGCAGCUGGAGCUGGAGCUGGAGCAGGAGCAACGGGAACGGUAACAACACCAAACGUGCAAGUGCAGGCACAAGCACAAGCACAAGCACAAGCACAAGCAUACACGCAGGCCCAGCUACCAACAUCGGCUUCGAUGACCCCAGUCUUUCCAAUAACAGACCUAACAACCACUCACCCACCUUCUUCUUUCCAUCCUACGGCCGCUGCCAGCAACUUCAACAUCAUCGAUAUCCCUUAUGCGGAGAGCACUUACAGUAGCAGUAACGUCUCUGCUGCCUCAACAAGUACACCGGCCACUCCUGUUACAGGUGUAGGUGCUGGUGCUGCGGAAGGCUCUGUUGUUACCAGAAGCCCGUCUAUCUCUGCCACAGCCUCUUCUGCUGAGAACCCUACAGCUUCCGCCCCAGCUUCGUCCGACUCAACAGCUCUGGCAGCUGCCUCAAAAGUCAAGGCAAAGCGUGUCCGGACAAGUAAACCAAAAGUCAAGACAGGAUGCACCAACUGCAAGCAAAGGCGGAUCAAAUGCGACGAGGCCCGUCCAGCUUGUACGCAAUGUGUUCGAAGCAACAAGACGUGCACUGGCUAUCCACCACCUAGUCGCAGUUCCCGCCCUUUCGAGGAGAUUCGGAUCGCCCCGAAACCGAUGCCAGCAUAUGAUGGUCAAGCAUCUUCAAGUGUGCCUAUUGCGCCUCUCCACGGCGACUACCAUCUGCUGCCCCGCCGAGUCCACCAGAGAACAGCUCUGAGAACCGCCUCUCCUGGGACCAUCUCUCCGUCACCCACUACCUACCAACCAUCUACGGCCUUGCAGAUCCAGCCGAACGAAGCCUUUUACUUUGACAUCUUCCGCUCCCACACGGCUGACGAGCUAUCCGGCUUCUUCAACAACGUGUUUUGGACCCACCAUGUCCUACAGGAAUGCCAUUCUGAAGAUGCCAUAAGGUGUGCUGUAAUUGCACUGGGCGCUUUGUACCAGACACUUGAGCAGACAGCUGCACUGAACUCGAAUCGCGGGUCCGAAAUGGGUGCUGAUGCGCGUGUCGAAGUUGUCAGGAGUCAUUGGCAAGUUGCGAUCAAGCGUUAUAGCGAUGCAUGCAAUGCAUUGGUCAAGUUGAACACGCAGGAUCAGAGAUCACACAGGAUCUCUAUUAUGGCCAAUGUGCUACUGGGUUGCUUCGACUCCUUUAUUGGUGAUCAUAGGCAGGCUCUACAUCAGAUUCAGACUGGACUUGGUUUACUCGAUAUAUUUCGCACCCAACACAAACAACGACUCCUUCCAGCUUCCGAAGAUCCACUCGAAGAGGAGCUGAUUACCAUUUUUAUUCGACUGGCAAUCCAAGCAAAGUCUUAUGACAUGGCCUUUCAUUUCCCGCAACCGUUCAGCAUACGACUGAGUUCACAAUCACAGACGCGGCCUUCUGGCCCGGCUGGUACAAAUACCCCUUUGCAAGAAGAACCUUUCUUUAUACCCGAUACUUUUACCUCUGUUAUAGAAGCUCGGGUGUCUUUUGAUACAUUGAGUGUCAGAACAAUGCGGUAUAUUGAGGAACUGUUCGCCAUGCGAGCGGACCCCAAGGGAACACUUCCUCAAUCAUGGCUCGAGUAUGCUGCCGAGCACAAGAAUUACUUUGAUGUAUGGGGCAAAGCCUUCGACAAUCUGUUUUUAACACGCCACAACCACACCGUGAGCCGUCAGGAGAGGGCAGGCAUUGUUGCUCUGAAAAUGCUCGCUACUAAUGCGAGGAUCCUGUUCCUCAUGAUGUUUAGCGAAAAGGAGUCAGACUUUGAUGACUUCCUUCCUCAGUUUCAGACUAUAGUGGACUUGGGUGUCGAAAUAGUCAGCGACGAGGAGAGACGAGCUGCCGCACGCGACUGCCCGAACCCUGAGCAUUGCCAGCACCGACAACGCGAAGGUUGGCACCAACAGGACUUCUUCCCAGCCAUGGGAUUCUCGGCUCCUCAUAUCAAGCCCCGAUUUGCUGCUGAUUUGGGGAUCGUUGCCCCGCUCUUCGUCGUAGCAACCAAAUGUCGGGACCCAAAUACUCGCCGCCGAGCCAUCCAACUGCUCCGAAGCAGUGCCCGCCGGGAGGGCAUGUGGGAUAGUGAGAUGGUAGCGAACAUCAGUGCUUGGGUCAUGAAUCUCGAGGAGUCGGAGGCGCUCACUAUAGGGAUCGAGGCGUACCCUGCGGAUGGCACCACGAGGCCCAUCCCCCGAGUGAUACCCGAAGAAAAACGUUUUACGAUUCGGUUCGUCGACUUCGACCUACGGACUCGUGUGGCAGAGCUUCAUGUCGGUAGUCGUGGACUCCCUCCUGGUAUUCCCGACCCUAAGUUUCGCCAGACGAGGCUCAAUUGGUGA